AUGGCGACCCUCGACGGCUCGUCCGCGGCUCCUCCAGCGGAGUCUCGACUGGAGAAGAGGGGCUCCAGUGUCAGCGCGCUGGAACGCGGGCCCCGGAAGGCGGCAGUCGCAGCGGAGCUGAGCCGGCGGCCACUUCACGUGCCUCCGCUGAUCCCGGCCUCUCAAAGCAAGGCGCCCCCUCCGCAGUUAGAUGGCUGCGACUCCGACACGAGCGGCUGCAGGGAGGACUCGGGCUCGCCGUCUCCGUCGCCGCCGCUGCUGUUCGGGUCGCCGCCUGCGACGCCUGCCGGCCUGCUACCCCCGCACCAGUCUUCCGCAGCGGCGGCGGCUGCAGCAGCGGCGGCAGCGGCCCUCUCGCCCUCCUCCGGACUGGUGAGGUCGCCCUUCCUGGCGUCGCACCCUACCCACCACCACGGCCACCAGCACCAGCCGCAGCAGCAGCACCAGCAGCAGCAGCGCAAGAAGAGGUCCCGGGCGGCCUUCUCGCACGCGCAGGUUUACGAGCUGGAGCGCCGAUUCAACCAGCAACGUUACCUUUCCGGCCCAGAACGAGCCGACCUGGCGCACGCGCUCAAGCUGACCGAGACCCAAGUGAAGAUCUGGUUCCAGAACCGGCGCUACAAGACGAAGCGCAAACAGUUGCAGCUGCAGGAGCAGCACCACCACCAACAGCAGCAGCAGCACCAGCAGCUUCAGGCCACGUCCGUGUCCUCCGCAGCCGCAGCUGCAGCCGCCGCAGCCGCGGCUGCCAAGCGAGUCGCGGUGAAAGUGCUGGUGAGGGACGACCAGCCCGUCAGCCCGGCUGCCGCCGCCGCCGCUGCAGCCGGCAAGGCCCUGUCGCUGUACCCCCCUCCACCGCCGCAGCUGCCACCGCUGCCCUUCCCCUACUACUACUACCACCCAUUGUUGUGUCAGCCAGCACCAAGCGUCGUGCCGGCUCACCCCAGCUUGUCGCCGCCCAGUGGUGCCUCUAGCCCGCGUUGA